AGACAUGUGUUAUAGGUUUCUCCUUAUAGAAAGAAAAAGAUGGUUGAUAAUAUCAACAUAUUAGGUUCUAAAUAUGAUAGAGAAAGUCAUAAAUCUUACAAUUAUUCAAUUAGUGGUUCCUCAAGUACUGAAGAUGUAGUGAUUAAGGAGCAAGAACGAUUACUUCCAAUAGCUAAUGUUGGGAGAAUUAUGAAGCAAAUUCUACCACCAAAUGCCAAGAUUUCAAAAGAAGCUAAAGAAACUAUGCAAGAAUGUGUUUCUGAGUUUAUUAGUUUUGUCACUGGAGAAGCCUCAGAUAAGUGUCACAAUGAGAAGAGAAAGACUGUGAAUGGAGAUGAUAUUUGUUGGGCUUUGGGAAGUUUGGGAUUUGAUGAUUAUGUUGAGCCAUUAAAGAGGUAUUUGCACAAGCAUAGAGAGUUAGAAGGUGAAAGAGUUAACCAAAAUAAGGUUGGUGGAAACAAUAUUAUUGAAGAAAGGGAAAGAGAAGCUGGACUCUACUCCUCUUCCCGACUUCGCUCCGCUCUAUCCCCAAAGCUUCAACUCGAUCACUUGAACAGAGGAAUUUGACCUACCGACUACAGGAUCUGGUGCAAAAAUGGAAAGAACUAUAAAGGGGAAAGCGCUUUCUAUAAGGAGUUUCUCCGUUCUUAAGGCUCAGAUUUGAGACCUUAGAGAUACUUCUUAAGUUAUUACAGUAAGCACUUUGAAAUG